CCCUUCGUUUUCCUCAGUUUUCUAUCCCACAAAUGCCUACCUAGUUCCAAAUUGAACCCCGCCUCUUAAUUUAUUCAUGCUUGCGUGAGCCAAAAGCUUGGCAUAUUAGUCUCUCGUUGGAACGCUAAUAUCAAUCAUUGUCCGUCGCGUUUCUUUAAUCUCUCUACCCAGCUAUUUCUCGUCAUGGGCAAGAAAGAGCCAGCGGAUCACAGAGACAAUGCCAAAGUUGAAGCUGUUCUUGACCUCAUCAGAAAACAAACCCCGCUCACUGUUAAACAGGAGAAGUUCUGCAACUACGCUUGCGUAGAACGGUUUCUGAAGGCCAAGGGGGAUAAUGUUAAAAAAGCUGCAAAGCAACUCAGGGCUUGUUUGUCUUGGAGAGAGAGUAUAGGCACUGAGCAUCUGAUAGCAGACGAGUUCUCGGCCGAACUUUCCGACGGGUUGGCAUAUGUAGCCGGUCACGACGAUGAAUCCAGACCUGUUGUGAUAUUCCGGAUGAAGCAAGACUACCAGAAGUUACAUUCCCAGAAACUGUUUUCUCGAUUGCUGGUGUUCACACUGGAAGUGGCCAUCUCGACCAUGCCAAAAAACGUCGAACAGUUUGUGAUGCUUUUUGACGCGAGCUUUUACAGGUCGGCGUCUGCUUUUACGAACUCGCUGCUGGCGGCACUGAAAAUUGUGGGAGAGUACUACCCUGGUCGGCUAUACAAAGCCUUCGUCAUAGACCCUCCUUCUCUCUUCUCCUAUGUCUGGAAGGGAGUGCGGGCAUUUGUGGAGUUAUCGACUACGACAACGGUAGUAUCGUCCCUAGACUUUGAGGAAUCGCUGGACUUCAACGACAUGGCGGCUUACCCGAGAGCCUGCUCCUCCCUCCGAUUCGACCCCUCCACCAUCAAGUCGACGGCCAAGAUCGGCUCCUGCUCCUCCUCUCGCUUCUCCUUCACCGUCUCCCAUCACUUCGACUCCCUUAAGCCCUGGUACCUGAGCUUCACCGACACCUCAGAUUCCAAGGUGGGCCCCACUAACCUGGGCCCCUCGCUCAUCUCCCCGCUCAACGCUCGCUCCCUCUCCUUCGCCUCGCCGGUGGCCAGGGGCCCCCGCGGGGACGUCAGCGCCAGGCUGGCCGCGAGGAAGAGCCUGUUCCCCUCCACUCCGCUGCCGCAGCGCGUGACGCCAAAGGAGGUGGCGACGCCCAGGAGGACGCCGCGCCCCUCGUUCCUGCACUCGCCGGCCGUGUUCUUCAGGAAGGAGGGCCACGUCAGCAGGGCGGACAGGUGUCGGGAAUCUUUCUUGCCGUUCUUGAAGUUCUACAGAAGGCCGUACGACGAGAUGAUUUAUAGGUCAAAGAUGAGGCCCCCACUAGGCGGUCUCAUCUCCAUCGUCUCUCCACACCUCAGACGACGCCACGUUUCGGUGUCCCAGCGAUUCUAACGCGAUCAACGGCGCCACGCGUACAUACAACAAAUAUUUGGUUUCACUUGACUCGCCAAUGAAUGAGCCUACAUAACACUAACAGUAAUUAUUUAAAAAAGAAAAAAGAAAAAAGACGACGACGUGCUGGGCGGAGCAUGAAAUGGUGUGCCUUGUGCAUUGAUUCGGUCCUUUCGAAGCUUCGAGUGGAGCGGUGCCUGGAAAUGAGGUGGCGUAGGUGCAACGGCGAAGCAUUCUUUGAAAAUACUGCGGUGGGAAAUAGAAGAAGAAGGAAGAGACUGAUACAACGAAAGCGUUGAAAUUGAAACGACAACGUCGAAAUUUGUAAUAUUAUUACUAUUAUUUUAUACUUGUUGCUGUUCAUGUGGUAACUUUCUGAGUAUGGAGCGUGAGAAACAAGAGGGCAGAGAGAGAGCAGAAUCUUUUGGACCAGCUUGGUCGGACUUUUUUUGUUUAUAAUAAAGGAAAAAGAAAGAGCGAGUUUGAAAACU